CUCUGCACUGGUGAUGUGAUGAACCGUUUUCACCACCCUCUGUUAUGCUGUACAGUUGGGGGCAGUGCAAUAAGCAGAGAUGCAAACGGUCAGGGUACUUUUAACGGUGCACCUGUAGAAGCUGCAGAGUAUCUUGGACUGGAGUCCAUGUUGAACCUCCUCAGUACAGGAAUAAGCCUUUGUCUUUGUCAUGGCAUCUGUGUGGCAAUAUCCUCACUUCCUCUCUGCUGUGGACACAGAGGAACCUAAAGCUGGUUACGUGUCCACCCCAGUCCCCUUGAUGGUGAUCCGGGUGUGCCGUUCUCCCUGCCUCCACUUGUAGUCACAUAGGGUCUGGCUCAGCAAUAGCUGUAUUAUUUAGGAAAAAUAUAUUCAUAUAGAAUAAAUAUCUCAGCUCAAGCAUGUGGAGGGAGCUCGGAGUAGAGCUGCUGCUCCUUUGUGUCUAAAAGGGGCAGUUGAGGUGAUUCAGGAAUCUGAUAAGGAUGCCUCCUGGUCGCUAGAGGUGUUCAGGGCAUGUCCAACUGGUAGGAGGCCCCAGAAAACAUUGGAGGGAUCAUAUAUCUCAUCUGGCCUGGGACCGCCAUCCCCCAGGGGGAGCUGGAGAGUGUUGCUGGGGCGAGGGACGUCUGGAGUACUGUGCUCAGCCUGCUGCCUCCGUGUCCCAGGUCCGGAUAAGUGGAUGAAAAUGAAUAGAUGGAUGAAUAUCUUUUUUUUUUAGAUUAUUUUUGGGUUUUUUAACCCAAAAAUCCUAUCCAAAUUUAUUGGAUAGACAGCAAUGACAGCACGGGGCUGCAGGCUGGGAUAGAGUCCCGGCCGCUGUGCAAGGACCUUGCCAUUGUACAUGGGAUGCCUGUUUUAUCCAUUAACCCGAUGUGCCGAUGGAUAGAUAAAUAUCUCAUUAUACUUUGUAGAGGCAGAUUAGGGCUAAGAAACAAAGAGUGCAAAGUGUAAUGGGGACAUCUCUAUUUCAAAACAAGAAAUGUUCAUGCACAGUCCUCAGGUUUAACGGCCCCUCAUUCCUAUGGGUCCCUGUGCCUGUACCUGGUAGGCCGGUACAGUAAUCCAUCAUUGACCACAGAGGUCCCUGAUGAAGAUACACCCAAGAAUCUAUCAUUGUAGUAAGCAGUUGUAAUUGCAACCUCAAGACAUAAUAUUACAUUUUAUGUAGGUGAAGCCUUUCUCCAAAACUUGCAAAAGGUGCACUGAACCAAGCAUGUACUGCCCCAAAAAUACCUACAAAAAAUGUCAUCAUGUAAGUACAUCAUCUUCAUCAAAUAUGUUGAUCUAAUUUAAGUGCUACACUUUAAUUUUUUACAUGGUCAGACUGAACAAUCUGGAGGAUUUGAUUUGUGAACUCACAUAUAAAUAGAUAUCCUCCUGAGACAUUUUGGGUUUACUGGACCUUAUACAUAAUUCUGCUUAACUCAGACCUCCAGUCCUCAUUUGUGGACACUUUUUUGUGCCAUGUAGUAGUAGUAAGACCACAAUACACUAAUCCAUGUAAAAACAAGAUGGCAGCCAUCUCUGCCAAAUCAGUCUGCAGCCAAUCCCGACACAAAAGUGGAGAAGGCCCAAAACCUGAUCAAAUUUAAUGGCUGAAACUUGUUUAUUUAUGAUUCAUAACAUUUCUAGUUUGAUUUACCACACUAAAUUCACCAAUUUUAGCAACAGUAACAAACUAAGACACUAUUAAGAAAGUACUUGUUUGUAGACAUUGGGAUUUUUUCCCCUCAUCUCCUUUGAGGAUAGUGGGACUUUAUUUAUUUAUUUAUUUAUUUGUUGAUGAUGUUUAGUUUUUUUAUACUUAUCAGGUCCUGCUAAUCUCAAAUAGCUAGGAAAUUUUGGAAAUGCAUACCAAACAAAAGUCAGGGUCUCAGGAGGAUAUGAUAGUCUGCAUUACAUUGUAUUUUUACUGAUUGUUGGCACAGAUCUGGCAGCCCACUGCACCUGGAAGAGGCCACUGCCCAGUUAUCUAUUUUUGUCCUUGUAGCUUUUGUGGCGGCAACACACCUUAAGUUGUUUGCUAACCGUCAUUAUACAAGAAGAAACUUCCUUAAUAACCACAUAAAAGGUUGGCUCCGGUGACAUGUAAGCUGAAGAAAGAGCAGGACACCCACUAGCUUAAAUGCUACCACACCUUCAAAUGUGCUAACUGCCUUAGCUUCAGUCACUUAACGGGCGUUUUCAACAUGGCGGGCGGAGCUUCUGGCUCUUCAUUGCCUCCCAUCUGUCGGUAGCUGAAGAAAGAGCAGGAUACAUUUCACCGACUGCAGGGUGGAGGAAGACAUCAUUAAAGAGGACAAGCAGAAAAGACACAUCCGGAACCAGAAACCUGACGAUGUGACCAAAGAGCGUCGUCUAAACGGGUAAUACAGAGCAGCUGUAUUGACGCUUUUAACCUACACACCUGCUAGUUAGCUUACAUUAGCUAUCAGACGUGCCGUGUGAGCCCGGCUGCGGACUUCGGUUCGUCCCAAGCGACCAUGACUCCUCCUCAGCAGCAGCUGCAGCAGGUCACCCACCUUCAGCAACAUCCCUCCAUCAUCACCCAGAGAGUGCAGCUAACUUUAAAACUAUUUCUGCUGGAAAAUGCCCGGAAUACACUUGAACAAGAACUUCACAACCUCACCAAGAAGGCCUAUGAAGAGGUUCAAGGUUUCUUGAAUUCAUCUUUCCCCACGAGUGUUUUCAGUGAUCUCACAAAGGCUUUGGAUACAAAAUGUCAAGCCAUGGACAAGCUCUCAGCUUUACUGAAAGACAUCACAGUUGGAAUGCCCUCUUUUGGCAUGUAUCUGGACAACGCAGGUCAGCAAAGCCAUUGGGACAAAUUUGAGUGUAACACCAUCAAGGAGCAACAACUCUGUGUCGAGCCCUCUGUCAAAAACGGAUUGAGAACAAAUCUGCUUCAGCCACUCAGAGACAAAGGAAUCCUAAUAACACACGUUGUCAAGUUUGGGCCCAUGUUGCAGAACUCACUCAUGGCAAGCUCCAUAGCCAAAGCAGUCCAGGUGCUUGGAGCCACACUGUCCCUCCAGCAAUUGAAACAUUUCCUCAUCUCCCAGCCUGCAGCAGUCCAGCAGGAUGACAUGAUAUGCAGCAUCUCAUCCAGCUACAACAGCGCUGUUGUGACCACAAGCUCAUCCUCUCACUUAGCGGAAACCCCAGUAACCAAUGGUAUUACCAUCCCUGAGUUCCAUAUUCGGAGGUUUGAAGAGACUGAGGUUGUGGUGUCUCAUAUUGUCAGCCCAGGCAACUUCUACGUCCAGCAGGCAGACUCCACCACGAGGCUGCAGGCCCUUGUCACAGACAGCUGGAAAGCCAGUAGUUCAUAUGCGGAGCAGAACUGCAUUCCAGACAUUGGAACCCAAGUAAUGGGUUGGUUCCCGAAGCAAGAACAAUGGUGCAGGGCUCAGGUGACGAAGAUAUGUGGAGUGAGCAGAGAUAAAAAUGUCACUGAUGGUACUGGGGGUGAGACAUCCAUCAAAGUGGAGGUGAAGAGGCUGGACUACGGUGACACCACCUGCCUGUCGCUGUCGAACAUCAAGGAGCUGACCCCAGAAAUGACCGUCCUUCCUCUUCAGGCUGUACAGGUCUCACUGGCAAAUGUGACGCCCGUGAAUGGGAGUGAUUGGUCCGAGGAGGCAGUGGGCUGGUUCAGAGCAAUGGUGCACAACAGAACGCUGUAUGCCAGACUUUACCCACAGGGGCCCAAAGUUACAGUUGAGCUGUACUUGGAAAAGGGAAAGCUCGGAGCUAUGAGGAGGGGUGCAUCACUGUCUUUGAGGCUGGCCCAGAACGGACAUGCGAAACAUAACAAACUGAAGAAUGUCGGCCUCAUGAAAAACAGCACUGUUCAACUGAAGAUGAGACAGGACUCAGAGUGGGAGAAGUACCUCAUCUCGUGCUAUACUCAGAAUAGGAAAUGCUCAGACCACACCUCAAGAUGGUCAUCUUUGGACCCGGCGCUGCUUACGCCGCUUGCACCGCUGGCUGAGCCUGUCCUGGAGUCGAAAAUGAACUGGGGGACCUUUUAUGCCGUGAUCAGCGGCGUAAACAGGCACUCUACCGGCAUCGGGCGAGUUUGGCUCUCCGUCAUCUUCAUCUUCCGCAUCCUGGUCCUGGUGGUCGCCGCUGAGAGCGUUUGGGGAGAUGAGAAGUCCGGCUUCACCUGCAACACCCAGCAGCCCGGCUGCAACAGCGUCUGCUACGACCAGUUCUUCCCCAUCUCGCACAUCCGCCUGUGGGCGCUCCAGCUCAUUCUGGUCUCCACCCCCGCCCUGCUGGUGGCCAUGCAUGUGGCCCACCGACGCCACAUUGACAAGAAGAUUCUGAAGAGGUCGGGCCGCGGCAGCCCCAAGGAGCUGGAACACAUCAAGAACCAGAAGUUUCAGAUCACCGGAGCUCUGUGGUGGACUUACAUGAUCAGUAUCAUCUUCAGAAUCAUCUUUGAGGUGGCUUUUCUCUACAUCUUCUACUUGAUCUAUCCUGACUUUAAGAUGGUGCGUUUGGUGAAGUGUGACUCAUACCCAUGCCCCAACACAGUGGACUGUUUCGUCUCCAGACCGACAGAAAAGACCAUAUUCACUGUGUUCAUGCUGGCAGUGUCUGGGGUGUGUGUGCUGCUUAACCUGGCCGAGGUGGUAUACCUCAUAGGCAGGGCCUGCAAACGGAGUUUUCAAGGCCCUGAGGACGAGUCCAAAGUAGCUUGGAUAAGUCAAAGAUUGUCUUCUUAUAAGCAAAAUGAAAUCAAUCAGCUGAUAGCAGAUCAUUCUCUCAAGUCUAAGUUCGCUGUGACCAAAAAGAGCCCGACCGAGAAGGGUGAAAGGUGUUCUGCUUUCUGAGACUCUUCCUCUCCUGCUCCCUUUGAACUAAUCAACAGUAAUCACACGUCCAUGGAGCAUGUUGCUCAAUGUUGUUACAUAUUUUGUAUAUAGGCCAUUUAUUUAUGUGUCAUUCAGUCAAUCGCUUUUUUAAGUCAUCUGUUUUUCUUUGCUCAGUUUUACUGACACAAAUGUUAGUUGCUGUUGAAGCUCUUCUUAACUACCUGGAGCCAGAAGUGAAGGUUAAAGGACCGUACCAGUGUUAUUACAAAUCAUGCAUAGCUGAAGUUGGUGUCAAAAAUUUGCCAAAAACUCAAAUGUUUUUGUCAGAUUUUGGUGGUUUUGUCCAAAAACAAUAUGUGAAGCAACUUGCCAAGGUGUAAAGUUCUUGAGUUGAAGAAACCAUGCUUGUCAUUGUCGCUGUUAACACAUGUUAAAUUAUGGAUUUGUUUGAAAAUCCUGCAGGGUGGUUGGUGCAUAGGUUAGAAACCACCAGUCGUAUUUACAAGCUAUGAUUCAUGAAAAUUAAGCUAAUCAAGCAAACAUUGUUCUGAAAAAGAUAACAUGAGUAUUUGGGAUGUCACAUCAUUAAAGUUUCUCAAAACUCAGUUGGAUGUCAGUUUAUCACUCGCGAAUGAAUGUACCAACCAGUAGAUUUUUGAUAUUUCAUUCAGCCACAUCUCAGAGGCUUUCUCGUGCAACGAUAAUGUAGCUUCGGCACAAAAAAUAGAUGGUUCCUAAGACAUACAUGAAAUAAAAUUAGCUAAGUAGUAAUAUAGGACAAUUGUUAAAUCAGCCAAGAUUUGCAAAAUCACUGGCAUGGUCCUUUAAAGAUGCAGAAAUUACAGUAGAAUUUAAAUGCUGGAUAGAAAGUGAACUUUUUAUUUACAUCAGAAUUGUUGUUUAUAGGUACCACAUUUAUUUCCAGUCCGAGUCAAAGCUAGAUUAUGAUGGUUUAGGGAAGUGGUUCCCAACUGGUUCAGCCACAGGGUCCAGAUUUCUCCUUUGACCUUAGGUCAGGUUAGGAGUUUAAUAUAUUCAGUGUCCUACUUGCGUUUGGCCAUGUCUCAAGCUAGUUUGCUGUGUCUGUUAAAUAGCUGUUCGUUAUUCUAUCACUCUACAGCAGGAAGCAGCACUUCAAAAUAAAACCUUUGCGCUGAAAAUUCAGUGUACAGUGUACUUUUUUCAUGCGGUCCAUUAAGAAUGGACCCGCGACCCACUUUUGGACCGCGACCCACCAGUUGGGAACCACUGCUUUAGGGCAGUUAUGUGAGUAAAUGCCAUUAAAUGUCAGUAACAGCCCACUCAGCCAACAGUGGUAGAUUUUAUAAGACAUUUUAAGUUAUUUGACUUUAAUAAACUGCACACAGCUGUAACUACUGUGUAACCAAGCAUACUGAUAUGGAAACAUUAUAACUAUUGGUGCUAGAGAACCAAAGAAAGUUUCAAAAUACUGUCCAGAUAUGGACGACUGUCUCUAGAUAACAUCGUUAAGCAAGUGAUUAAAAACUAUUUUCCACAAACAUAUCUUAAGUACUGACCUAUUAGUAAUAUGUGUUGUCUCAUCAGAGUAGUCAGAACAGUGCACAGAGCAAAAGUGUAUGUCAAUAAACAUUGUAAUAUCCCAGUACUGUACAUAUAUCUUUGUAUAUCUUUGUAUUUAAUUGUAAAUACUGCCUACUUAAUUCAUUGUAGCUUCUUUUUUUUCUUGGUUUCUGAAAAAUGUUUAUGGUUGUCCUACUUUAUAACAGACAGUUGCUCUUGCUUUAUUUAAUAUGACCCUGUAUAAUAUUAUUUAGCAUCUCUCUGGUCCUGAAAAUGUCAUGUCCCAUAAGCUGGUAUCUGUUUAUAAAGUUAUACAAAUUGUAGUUCAUACACA